UCCUCCUCCUCUUCCUCCUCUUCCUCCUCCAUCUCCUCAGUGUCCUCGCCACCUCGCCAACAACACCAUCUCCCUCGUGGCCGGGAACUCGUGGGGGGGCUGACCUCGUGUGUCCCGGGAUCGUGACCUUGUCUCGAAACUCUGAAGAAGGAAAAGAAGUAUAUUUAUUAAAUUUCAUAUCGAAGUGAACUUUUUUUUUUGUAACGAAAAACCGAAAUUUCAAGCAGGAAAGAAAUAGAUCCAUCUCAUUAAGGAAAAAAAUAUAAAUCUCAGUGUUCGCAAGUUCAGGUGUGGUUUAUAGGCCUACAAAGAAGAGAGGGAAAAUUAUAUAAAGAUUACUACCUUAUGAAGUGCCUUACUGUACGUGUCUUCGCCCGGAGCCCCAAUAUAUAUACGCUCAGGAACCGGUGCCGUGGAAACCUUAUUUAUAAUUGAUAACUUAUUUAACUAAUUUAUUCUAACGACUAUUUAUUGACCCUAUUUAUUUAACUUAUUUAUUGACCUAACUUAUUGGAAUUAUUGAUUUAUUGCGUGUGCCCCAUCGACUCCUGUACCAGUGAAUGGAUUUUGUGUGAAACGAAGAGAGAGAGAAAUGGAAACCUUGCAAGGAUUAACCCAUCGAGUGCCUUUGUGACGACUUUGACCCAAAAAUAAAAAAAAUACAAGAGCAAGAAGACCGUUUUUUAAAAAGUAUAUGUGGAUCCGUUUCAAAAAGUGAAAUUUCGUUUUGUUUUUUUUCGAAGCGUGUUUCAAUUUUUUCCCGUACGAAGGAGAGUUAGGGCGAGUGAAAUAUUUCUCCCUUUUCCCCCUUCCUUCUUCCUUCCAUCGUCAACCGCCACUCUUAAACGAAAUAACAAGGAAGAAAAGUGAUAAGAGAGAAAAAAUAACCGAAAAAAAUAUAGAAAAUAAAAAACACGAAUAUCCAAAAUAUCCACACACACCCUGGAAAAAAAAAAAUCCAAAAUUGAGAUCCGUUAUCCAAUCUCCCUCCGAAUUGUGCCGCUAAAUGGUGAAUAUGGACGGAGAAGCCCUUAAACCAGAAGCCUUUUUAACGACGGCCUCCACCACCGCCACUCUCGUCGCCGCUAGAAGCCCUCCGUCGUAUCCCAAAGUCGCCGAGGCCACGGAUGAAUUCCACCCGUUCAUCGAGGCGCUGUUGCCACACGUCAAGUCCUUCUCGUACACAUGGUUCAACCUCCAGGCGGCUAAGCGGAAAUACUUCAAGAAACAUGAGAAGAGGAUGUCAUUGGAGGAAGAGAGGAGGUGUAAGGAUGAGCU